AUGUCUAAAUUAAAUAAGAGUUUGGUUUGCUUAUGCGGAAAACAAAAAUCCAAUUUAAAUGAUACCAAUUGGAAAAGACACAUAAGUGCAUGUAAAAUAGUGGUUGAAAGGUCACAAGUUUCAAAAAGUAUUUCAACAUUCUUUGUUAAAAAACGAGACAAUUUGUUGGCGAGGCAUCAACAUCAGGAAAAAGUAAAAGAAAAAAAAGCACACAAUGUGGAUAGAACCACGAAUAAAAAUUCUAUUGGCGUUCAUGUUACAGAAGCUGAAGAGAUUGCAAAUCUAGAACUGCCGAGCAUGGAGGCAAAUGAAUAUGCUGAUGUUAUUCUGGAAGUCUUGCAAGAUGAUGUUGCUGAACUAGAAGAUUGUUAUGAAGAUCAUACUACCAAUGAAGUUGAAAAAAAUAUUAAAAAUAUUAUUAGCGAAAAAGUGUUGAACACUGAUGUUACAAUGAUAGAAGAUUUGUUUAAUGAUGAAAAUACUACAAAUAAAACUGUUAAUGAUUAUGGACACAUUUCCAAUGAUCCAGUCAGCUUUUGUCGCUCAAGGCCAUUUUCACAUGAUGUUAUUGAAUAUCUUAUAAAAAAAGGACCCUUUCAGCCCACUGAGGAUGAUUUGGUAAAUUGUGAAUUUCCAAAAGAUAAUUCUGGUCGGUCAUUCCAUGCAUCAUGGUACUGGAAAGAUGUACCGGGUUGUGCUCCAGUCAAACUUCAGUGUAUUCUUGCUCCAGUAAAUCAAAUUUUCCAAAAAUCUGAUUUAGACUUGUUAGCAGCUGUGAAUUGCAUUGAAGAAACUCGUGAAUCUAUUCGAAAACUUCGUUGCAAUACAGUUUUUAUGGACAUUGUUAAAGAAAUGGAAUAUUUUGAAUCUUCUUCGACAUUUUGUUUUACUAAAUUAAAAGAAUCUCGCAUUAGGGGAAAAAAAUUAAUGCCAGGUGAAACAUCUCAAGACGACUCAAUUCAAGAUCCAUUGCAUAACAUAAAAAAACGAUUAAAAGAAGUUUUUAAUAAUACAAGUAAAUUACCUACUGAUGCAUUUUAUAAUUUUGCAAAGAUUUAUAAUUCUUUUAUAAAUCAAAAUGAACUUAUUAAAGAAUACUUACAUUUUUCUAAAGUAUAUUUCAACUUUGAAUUGACUUCAAAUCUUCCAAAAACAUUCCAUGAAAACAAUCUUGAAAGUUAUGAUAGCCAAGAUGACUGUGAUAGUGAAGACUUUGAAAAUAUUGAAGAUGAAAAUUCAAAAGAAAAAAAUAAUUUAUCAAGUAUUUCAACUGUUUAUGACGUAUUUGUAGCUGGAGACAUAAAAUGUGACACCAAUGCUAUCAUUAACAAAUUUGCAUCUCAUGGGAACCUUAUAAAUGAAUUUAAUGCUUGA